GAAGAAGUGAAGCAAGUAGUAGAAGUCACAUUAGCGAGCGUGCGUCGUUAAUUUCACCUUUACCAGAAGGUACUGAAGGUGAUGUUAGAUUAACUCCGCAGCAAUAUGGUGUCCUAGGAAAAGAGGACCGUUAGUCGAAGGAACAAGAAAGAGCAAAAGCAAAAGCAAUCCUGCUGGAAAAUGUCGGAUAUCGUACUCCUUUGCCUUCUACUAUCGAGAUACGGAAGAUCUUUCCGCCUGACGUGGCACGUAGUUGGGCAGUACGAGGUCUCUCUUUUCCCCCUCUCUAUCUAUCUUUCUUUCUCUCUUUAUCUUCUCUCUUCGUCGGUCUACUUUAUGAUCCUGGUGGGGGAGAAAAGAGAGUAAGAGAAUGAGAAAGAGAAAGAAUAAGAGAGAGAGAGAGAGAGAGAGUCAGGCAGACAGAGAAAGAGAGAGAGAGAGAGAGAGAGAAAGGGAAGGAGAGGGGAGAGAGCGCCACGAACAUUUUACCCUUUCGCCAGGAUAUUCAAUCCGAGUUCUAUGUUUGGAGGCAUUAGAGAAGGCACUCUAUUGUUGGGAGGACGCACUCACAGCGUUUAGUUCUACUCUAAGUAACGAUGCUCUUGCUCUGCCAUCAAACGCGGAUGCUGCAUUUACGCAGGACGUUCAAGAUCUACUUGACAUGGGUUAUCAAAUCCAGAAUCACGCGGAGCUUCUAUUCAUCGAUCAGCACUCGGUGCUGUUUCGUGAUGAUAGCCAGGAAAGCUUAGAGAGUCGCCAUCAAUCCAACAUGGGAAUGCGAAUAUCCGGAAAGGAAAAAGCUGAUGCCGCCUCUUCGCCAGAAUCGUUUGAAUCAGCACGAGACGGGGUAGCUGAUUUACGUGAAUUCGAAGAAUUUUCCGAACUUUUUCCACAUUUCGAGAGGCAAAAAUUAUAUCAUGCAGCGUUAAAACAACACGAGGAUAAAGGCAUUCCCUGCAGGCGAUUACAUACGGAAUUGGUGAAAUGUGGCUCUGAUGUUGAAUACUUGGCUAAAGUAUACUGUCUUCGUCAAGCUUACACGAAACUGUUCGAUACACAAUCGACCACCAUUUGGAUAGCUGAUAUUGGCCGUCAAAUUAUCAGCGAUUUAAUUAUUUAUGCCGACAGAGAUCCUAAGGAUUAUCUGACGCAUUACGAACGGAUGUUGGAAUUCUUACACAAUCCAAGUAACAGUAAUAUGAUCGAGGAAGAGUUAUUUAACCGUGGUGUCAAAUGUAUUAAUUUUUAUGACGUAUUAAUUGACUUUAUACUAUUAGAUGCCUUCGAGGAAGUCGAGAAACCACCAUCGUCCAUCAAGGCAAUAUUACAAAAUAGAUGGAUAUCCGCGAGUUUUAGAGAAACGGCCGUAGGAACUGCUGUAUGGUCGAUGCUGAUGGGCAAAAGACAAAUGUUAAAAUAUGAUAAAGGUUUCUUAGCUCAUUUCUAUUUCAUUUCUGAACAAAUAACACCGGUACUUGUUUGGGGAUUCCUAGGUCCCGAGGGAAGCCUAAAAUCUACCUGCCAAUUUUUUAGAGAUCAGAUAAUAGAAUUUCUCAUAGAUAUAUUUAAUUUCUUCAAAGUUAGAUAUACAACUGUCGAUAAUCUAGCUGAGGAUAUACUCAGGGAAAUGAAAGUAAGAGUAGAGAAUAUUAAUCAAAGACUUUCGUUGGAAGGUGCCAGUUAAAUUUAAAGAUAAAUAAAUUAUAAUAAUUUAAAUAUAUAUAUACAUAUAUAUAUAUAUAUAUAUAUAUAUAUAUAUAUGUACACACAGGUACACACAUACACAUAUAUA